GAGAAAGAAAAGAAAAAGUGAAGUCAUCAUGGAUUGACAAAUCGAGAUAGCAACUUGCACUUGCCAGCGCCCUCGCAUCGCAUAUGUAUGGCUGCUAAAAAACAUUUACUACAAUUAUAGAUUUGGUAAGAAAAAGUUUUAAGAAUCAGAUAAGAAUAACGUGUUUGAGAUGGCGAAUCGCGACCUCAGUCUGAAAUGGAUUAAGUCUUGAAUGAAUUCAAACAGUUUUGUUCACACGAUGAUGUUCCAAACCACAAAAUUCCUGCAACUUGUUGUCCAAUUCUCGAUCAUCACACUGCUGCGCGACGCCUCCUGUCUGGAAACAGACACCGUCGACGCAUCUCUAAUCCUCAAAGACUCCGACACCAUCCACUCCGCCGGCAGGCAGUUCACCCUCGGCUUCUUCACCCCCAACGCCACCACCCGCCGCCGCUACCUCGGCAUCUGGUACUACGUCUCCCCCGCCUCCAUCACCUGGGUUGCCAAUCGCGACACCCCACUCACCGACUCCCGCGGCUCGCUCUCCAUAUCCCCCGCCGGCGACCUCCACCUCACCAGCGGCGACGGCAGCCUCGUCUGGUCGUCGAGCUCUCCGCCGUCGCCGCCGCGGAACGCGACUGCCCAGCUGCUGGACUCCGGCAAUCUGGUGCUGAGAGACGCCGGCAGCGGAAUCACUUUAUGGGAGAGCCAUCAAACUCCGAUGGACUCGUUCCUCCCCACAAUGAGGGUGACUCACAACCCGAGAACGGGGAAACGGGUCGACUUGAAUUCGUGGCGGGCGCCCCACGAUCCGGGCCGGGGCAAUUUCACGGCGGGCCUCUACGCCGUCGGCAUUCCUCAGGUCUACAUCUGGAAGGACGGCGUCCGCGUGUGGCGGAGCGGGCCGUGGAACGGCCGGAUUCUGACGGGGGUGACCGGAAUGUAUUCCGUGUACGUGGACGGAUUCAGCUUGGGAAUGGAGGAAGACGGGACUUACUAUUUCACUAGGAAUUUCCGACAGAGUUUUAUUUCGAGGAAUUUCUUGAAUGCUGAUGGAGUUCUGGUUGAGGCUGGCUGGGAUGAUCAGAAGCGUGAUUGGGACGUGAGGUGGAUGGGCCCGGCCCGUGACUGCGAUUUCUACAACAAGUGCGGCCCCUUUGCUCUCUGCUACGAUCAAACCACACCGAUUUGCUCUUGUUUGAGAGGAUACGAGCCUAGAAACAGAGUGGAAUGGGAUAAGGGGAUUUGGAAUGGCGGUUGUGUGAGAAAGAGUGUGUUGCAGUGUGAGAGAGAGAGUAAUGCGACUGAUAAGAAGAGAGAGGAUGGAUUCACGAAGCUGAGUUUCAUCAAAGUGCCGGAUUUCAUGCAGUGGAUGUCUGGUUUGGAGACAGAGUGUGAGAGCUUGUGCUUGAGGAAUUGCUCCUGCUUCGCUUAUGCCUAUGAUCCUGGCAUUGGCUGUAUGUUCUGGGGUGGAGACUUGAUCGAUCUUCAGAAGUUUCCCGGCACUGCUGGUUCCGAUUUCUACAUUCGUGUUGCCUAUACGGAUGCUGAUAAGGAGAAGAGCAAUAAAGGAGUAGCUAUUAUAGUUUCAGUUGUUGCAAGUUUUGUGGCUGCAUCAAUUUGCCUAGCUUUCGCUUGGUGGACUUGCAAAACAAGAGGAGAAAACAGAACUUCUGCAUAUGAAAAGGAAGGAAACAGUCCAUCUGAUUUGAGUGAGAUUGUGCUUCGAAGUGAUAUGGAUAAGGUUAGGAUAGAAGAGCUGCCAUUGUACAGUUUUGAGAUGUUAGUAACUGCAACUAGCAAUUUCGACACGAGGAAUAUGUUAGGGAUGGGAGGUUUUGGUCCAGUUUAUGAGGGAAACAUGGCCAACGGAGACAAAAUUGCGGUGAAGAGGCUCUCAUCAGGGUCGGGACAAGGGUCCAAGGAGUUCAUGAAUGAAGUGUUGGUGAUAUCUAAACUCCAACAUCGGAAUCUUGUGAGGCUGUUGGGAUGUUGCGUGGAGAGAGGAGAGAAGAUGUUGAUCUAUGAAUACAUGCACAAUAGAAGCUUAGAUUUGUAUCUCUUUGAUAAAACACGUGACGUUCUUGAUUGGAGGAAACGGUUCAAUAUCAUGGAAGGCAUCGGCAGAGGCCUAUUAUAUCUGCACAGGGACUCGAGGCUGAGAAUAAUCCAUCGCGAUCUUAAGCCUAGCAAUGUGUUGCUAGACGAGGAUCUGAACCCGAAGAUUUCAGACUUCGGCAUGGCCAGAAUAUUUGGUGGCAACCAAGAUCAAGCCAACACUGGUAAAGUUGUGGGGACUUAUGGGUAUAUGGCUCCAGAAUACGCAAUGGGGGGCAGAUUUUCCGAGAAAUCUGAUGUUUUUAGCUUUGGAGUGCUUGUGCUGGAGAUCAUAAGCGGGAGAAGGAAUACGAGCUUCUACAACGAAGAACUCUCUUUAGGGCUUCUUGGAUAUGCUUGGAAGUUGUGGAAUGAAAAGAAUGUGGAGGAUUUCAUUGAUAUGAAAAUAUUUAGUCCAAGUUUAAAGGGAGAGAUGAUGAGAUGCUUGCACAUUGGUUUGUUGUGUGUUCAAGAAUCCCCCAGGAAUAGGCCUAUUAUAUCGAUUGUUCUGUCUAUGCUGAGCAGUGAGAUUGCCCAUCUGCCGGCGCCGGAGCAACCCGGCUUCACCGACCGGUGGAGCCGUUCAUCGACGCAAACGCCGUCGGCCAAUCACGUCACUCACACCGUGAUGGAGGGGAGAUGAUGAGUAAUGUUUCUCCAAUCACUCGCGUAAAUAUUGUGGAGAAGUUUUAAGAUGAUGGUAAAUAAUUUUAUGUAUGUACCACGGGAAGUUCUUAUAUACAUAUGUACUUGUACACUAGUGGAGGAUCACAUACGCGAGUACAGGAUAGAUAUGAGAAGAUCUUGAAACAAAUUUUUCAGAAUUACAUUAAUUUUUCUUUUUUUCUGAUACUCAUGUUCAAAUUAAUUGCAGUUGUAAACACUUUUUAUGUGAAAAAUCUUAGUGUGAAUCACUCCAUCAAGAUUAUUAUGCAAA